AUGCAGUCCAUCAAAUGCGUUGUUGUCGGCGAUGGUGCCGUUGGAAAGACAUGUCUUCUUAUCUCAUACACGACCAACGCCUUUCCUGGAGAAUACAUCCCUACAGUUUUCGAUAACUAUUCUGCUAAUGUAAUGGUCGAUGGCAAGCCUAUCAACUUGGGAUUAUGGGAUACUGCUGGUCAAGAAGAUUAUGAUCGCCUUCGUCCGCUCUCCUAUCCUCAAACCGAUGUCUUUUUGGCUUGUUUCUCCCUCGUCAGCCCUCCCUCUUUUGAAAACAUCCGCACAAAGUGGUUCCCCGAGAUCAGUCAUCAUGCACCCAAUACACCCAUCAUUCUUGUGGGUACCAAGCUUGAUCUUCGUGAGGACAAGCAGACCAUUGACCGUCUUCGUGAAAAGCGUAUGGCUCCCAUCAGCUAUACACAAGCAGUGCAAUUAGCAAAGGAUAUUGGCUCGGCAAAGUAUUUGGAAUGCUCGGCACUCACACAAAAGGGUCUCAAGAACGUGUUUGAUGAAGCUAUCCGUGUCGUCUUGUCGCCGCCCGCUCGACCAAAGAAGAAAAAGGGAUGCCUUAUCUUGUAA